UAUUUAUAAACCCUCUCGAUCCCCCAGAUUGCGGUGCUCACUCUCUCUCUCUCUCUCUCUCUCUUGCUAUCGAAUCAUCGAUUCUCUCUCUCCACUCUCCUCUUUUCUUUCCGCUCCUCGCCUCUCCCUCGCUUCAGGGUAAUCACUCGCACCAAAUGUCUAUUGAUCUCAACGAGAAACAUUUGUCAAUUUUUCGGUGUGAUUUUGGUUUCAAGAAUCGAUGGGGAAAACAUCGCGGCUGCCUCCUGGCUUUCGAUUUCAUCCAACUGAUGUUGAGCUAGUUAUGUACUAUCUAAAGAAGAAAGUAAUGCGGAAAAGAUUCUGUUCUGAACCCAUUGCAGAGAUUGAUAUAUACAAGUUUGCCCCGUGGGAUCUUCCUGAAAGGUCAAGUUCGAGAAGUGGUGAUCUGAAAUGGUACUUCUUUUGUCCGGUGGAGAGAAAAUACUUAAAUGGGGCCAGAAUGAAUCGUGCUACUGAAUUUGGGUACUGGAAAACCACUGGAAAGGAUCGGCUUGUUCAUUACAGUGAAGAGUUGGUGGGUUUGAUAAAAACUUUGAUUUUUCAUCUAGGAAAGGCACCGGGAGGGGAACGAACGAAUUGGGUUAUGCAUGAGUACAGACUGGACGGGAAAUAUCUGAUUAAUAAUGGAGUUCAGAACACACACGUGCUUUGUAUGAUUUUUCAGAAGGAUGGCCCAGGCCCAAGAAACGGUGCCCAAUAUGGAGCACCAUUUAAGGAGCAAGAUUGGAAUGAUGAUGAGGAAAACUGUGUAGAAGCUGGCCCUUCUGUUUGUUUGUCUACCCCAACAUCUGUGCUGCCUGGGAACUGUAGCAGUUCAGUUAUGGCUAUCAACUCUACUUUGGGUGACACAGUUGCUGAGUCAUGUUUAUCUGAAACCAUGCGAUCUGACUCUGAGAGGCUCCCAGCCACCUUCACUAAUAACAUUGUUUCAAAGGAGUUACCGCAAGCUUUGGAUGAUGGGGAUAUUCUUCCAGCCGUGCUCGCUAAUGAUGGUGAUAAUGUUCCUUCAAAGGAGUUACCGCAAGCUUUGGAUGAUGGGGAUAUUCUUUCCACUGUGCUUGCUAAUGAUGAUGAUAAUGUUCUGUCAGUAUUUGCUUGCUUUAUGGAAGAUGACCAAAAUAAGAAUCUCAGUCAUGGACUGAAUCAUGAAGCUGCACAUUAUUUGGAUAUUUACAAAGACUUGGAAGAUCUGGAAAACACAGCUAGUUUUCCCGUGCACCUUGGUAUAGAUAUGAAUGAUCUCGAGCUGCCGCUGGAUGCUUUUCCCAGACUCCCAUAAUAACAUUCUGUCGGUAUACAGAAGCGAGUGGUUGUAUUGAUCCAAUUUUCUUCUACUGUGAAAUUUGUUAAGAUGCAACUUAUUAUGUACCGUGAUUGUAUGAUGUUUCCUUUCAUUUGGGUUGCUGUAAGCUAAGCAAGCUCUGCCUGCUUGUAUGUAUGGCCUUAGAUUAUGCUUUAUAAAAUGAAAUUUUGGUCAUCUUUUCUAAUCUCGCUUGCGAA